AUGAGAAGCCGCACUCAAUUCCCUCUGGAACCAGCUGCCGCGGUCACUGUCCAUAAAGCUCAAGGACUGCACUGGACAAUUUCAAUCUUUACAAAUGCACAAUUCUACGUUGGAGCAUCUAGAGUGAAAACGAUGAUGGGACUGCAUUUAAUUGACUUUGAUCCAACAAAAGUUCAAGUAGAUCAAGAGGCAUUGCCAGAAUAUGAGAGGCUUUGGGCAUCUACGCUUCCGUGA